AUGUCUUCGUCGAUAGAGACGCUCGAGCUGCACAUAUUUACUGACGCGAGUGAAAACGCCUACGGUUGUGUUGCGUAUCUACGAUUGGUCGUUCAUGGAGCAGUGAAGUGUAGCCAGAUCAUGUCACGAGCCAAAGUCGCACCACUGAAGCGCCAGUCGAUCCCUAGGUUAGAAUUGAUGGCAGCAGUUCUGGGGGCCCGAAUGAGGCAAACUAUUAUGGAAACGCAUUCUUUGCGAAUCGGUCAAACCAUUCUGUGGACAGAUUCACGAACGGUACUGUCAUGGCUGCAGUCUGACCAGCAUAAAUUCAAGCAAUUUGUUGCGUUUAGAGUGGGUGAAAUUUUGGAAUUAACUCAUAUGCGAGACUGGAGAUGGGUGCCGACAAAGCAAAAUAUCGCAGAUGUGCUCACUAAGUGGGGUCGCAGUCCACCAUUACACAACGAAUUGGAAUGGGUCCACGGUCCCUCAGUACUGUAUCUACCGAGAGAGCAGUGGCCUUCUGCUGAAACAAUCGAGGAAACCUUAGAAGAAACUAGAGGUAUUAUGCUGUUUCACGCGGUGGUCGAAGCCGAAACUAUUUCCAGCUGGACGAAACUAGUACGCGUGGUGGCAACCGUUAUGCGCUUCAUCUCCAACUGUCGACGUAAAAGAAUUGGUUUGCCGAUAGUGACUUAUCAAUCAUCAGAGUACCACUGUCGGUUGAUCCAAGCGGAGUAUUCGACAAUCAAGAAACCGCUUCAGCAGGAGGAACUUCAAAAGGCAGAAACCGUUCUUUUGAGACAAGCACAAUUCGAAAGUUUUCCCAAUGAAAUGAAUACUCUAACAAGGAAUCUACAAAGGAAAGAUGAUCAGCCACAGGAGAGGAUUGAAAAAUCUAGCACUCUGUACAAAAGAUCACCGGUGUUAGACGAAGAAGGUGUUCUGAGAGUACGCGGCCGAUUGGAGACGAACGAGGAGCUGCCCUUUGACAUGAGAUUCCCAAUCAUCCUAUCUGAAAAACAUAACAUCACGAAAAAGUUGAUCCUACAAUUUCACUACAAGUACGGCCACGCUAACAGGGAAACUGUAUUUAAUGAACUACGUCAAAAAUUUUGGAUCCCAAAGGCGCGUGCUGCUGUACUACAGGCGACGAGGGACUGA